CUGCGAGGGGGCAGAGGGGAGUGAAGGAUGGCAGAGAGGGCUGGAGGGUGGCAGAGGGGGCUGCGGGAGGGCAGAGGGGCUGCGGGAGGGCAGAGGGGCUCCAGGCCCCGUGUGUGUGACCUGCCGCGGGCAGGGCGCGGUGCGGAGCCUCCCCUCGCGCUGUCCCGGCCGUGCGCAUCCCUGUGCCGGGCUGUGCGCGGCGCGGGGCGGAGGGAGAGGCCCGGCCCCCGGCCGGCCCAGCCCGGCGCUGCCGGACACCCUCCCGGCCCGCCCGCCCCGCGGGACCGGCCCGCCGCCGCCCCGCCCGCCGCAGCUCCCGCCGCUGAAUUUGCUCCGGUCCCUUAAUUGUUUCGCUCUCAUCGAGAACUUUGUUUACAGUCCCUUGUGCGGGCGAGCUGCAUCCCCUCUUAUGCUGGCUGCGGGCUGGUGGCCGCCGCAGUCCCGCCCGGCGGCCGGGAGGAAACUUCCAUGCUAGAAUAUUGUCACCACCAGUUCAUCAUUCAGCAGUAUCUGAUGCUUCAAAGACUUGAGCAGCUCUUUCUGCCUUGAAUUGCCAUAUAAGACAUCUUCAGCACUCUUUUACCAUGGAUUUCUCCUGGAUCUGCGCAGCACGAGCUCAGCAGAGCCUGCUCUAGCCUAAGAACGGGCCAAGCCAAGACAAUCAAGAUGACAAACGAACCUAUCAAAGAGAUCCUGGGCACCCCAAAGCACCCUGAUUCUGCACCCACAGAGAAGAGUAACAACAAUGACUGUGUGAUAACCACCAUUCCUCUGGUCAGUGAGUGCCAGCUGACGGCAGCCACGGGGGGAGCAGAGCUCUCCUGCUACCGCUGCACCAUUCCCUUCGGCGUGGUCAUCCUGAUAGCCGGCAUCGUGGUCACCGCCGUGGCAUACAUCUUCAACUCCCAUGGAUCCAUCAUCUCUGUCUUUGGGCUGGUCCUCUUGUCCUCGGGACUCGUUCUGCUGGCUUCCAGCGCCGUGUGCUGGAAGAUCAGGCAGCACAAGAAGAAAGCAAAGAGGCGGGAGAGCCAGACAGCGCUCGUGGCAAACCAGCGAACCUUGUUCGGUUAAAGGCAGCCAAGAGAAGGCUGGACAGAAGGCAGAACCUUUGUAAGUCAACUUGGCUAUUUAUCAGUAGGAGAGAUUGCAGUUUUUAAUUUAACUGUGGAAACAAACUGAAAUGAAAAUGGAAUGGAUUAAGAAAUACUUGUAGCAACUCUGCAAGUGCUCUCAAUAUAUUUCUUACCGCAGACUUGGUAGUGAUUCUUUCCAAGACAGAGGAAAACCCAUUUUUCCUUCACAGAAAACUGUGUCACAUAAUGCAACCAUGCUAAGUGUGUUCUCCAACUUCUCCAACAUGCUGAUCGUGUUGGAAAGGGAAUGUGUGGGAACUGAGAAAAUAAUUUCAAUUGACUUGAAAUGCCAGAGGUCUCCUUAAAACACUGACAUUUGACCAAGGGAGAAGUCAUAGCAUUUGAAGUGACUACAAGCUUAUGGCCAGAGUAUCUGGGACUUAAACUGUAGCUAAAAAAAAAAAAAAAAAAAAAAGCAAACACAUUGCAAAUUUCUCAAUAAGCUGAUUUUAUAUUUUAUGUAACUUCCCCCUCCCAAUACUUGUGGUACUUUCCCCCUUUUUUAAACUAACUAAUAUUGAUUUUGUUUCACUAUUGAAUAGAAAUCAGUAGAAAUGUGUCAUUAUGUUGUUUAACCUAAAUAACAAGGUAUGAUCAUAGCUUAAAACAUGAGACUUUUUUUGUAAAUUAAAGUGGUUGGGUUUAGCACUUUUGAUUAUUUUGCUAUAAAAUGAAAAAAUAAAUUUCAUUAAAAUAA